AUGACUUUAGACCAGCUUAUUAGUAAAUUAACACAGGAAUUUACAAAUGAGAAUUAUGAGACAUGUUUCCAGCUUCUAACGCCGUUAAAGAUCCAACUUAUCGAGCAUAAUCUACUUGUGCCAAGCAUCCAAACUAGUAUCAAUCCAAACGAUCUGAAAAUUACGAGGCAAGUUUUGGAAAUUGGUGCCUUGGUGUCUAUCAAUCUCUUGAAGAUGCAAGAGUUUUCCAACUGUAUUACACUCUUGAAACCAUUCUAUGAAUCCAGCACAUUAAAUGAUGAAGCAAGUCAAAAGAACAAACUAUUGAGUUUAUAUUUACUGCUGCUUCUAACACAGGAUGAUUUGGCCCUGUUUCAUAUAGAAUUGGAGAAGUUCCAAAAUUAUAACAUGAAUGUCGAUGACCUUGAGAAUGAUGAGUUUCUAAGUAUCCCGAUAAAGUUUGAAAAGUGGAUUAUAGACGGUGAUUUCAACAAGAUCCACGAAACAUUGGUUUCUAAACACAAGUUUCCAUGUAAAGAGUUCAAUAUUUUUGAAGAUGAGCUAUUGAAUUCAAUGAGGUUGAACAUUGCAAACAACCUGGAGACCGUUUACAGACAACUGCCAAUAGAAAACCUUAGAAUCUUGCUAUUUCUAAAAGAGAUAUCUCAAGUUCACGAAUUUGUUGAGAAUUUUAACUGGAAGUUGGUCAAUGGUGUUGUAUAUUUUGAGAAGCAAAACAAAACAGUGUUGGACGAAACCAACCAAAUAGAUGAAAUAAAUGACGAGAAAUCUAUCAUUAGAAAUUCCUUAAUUUACGCAACAGAAAUGGAGAGAAUUAUUUAG